AUGGUGGACUCUCCACUGCCUCCUGAACAGAUAAGGCUGCCUCCCAGCCCAACUGAACCCGAAUCCCAGGGCCACUCCUCUCAGGAGGCUGGCAGAUCAAAGCUGCUGGGAGAUGCUGCGCCAAUUCCCCCGCUGUCUCCCAACUUCCUCGCUCCUCCGCGGAACCGCUCACCGUUCGCACGAGCUCAUACUCGAUCCCGGUCUCUAGCUAGCUCUCUACCACAAUCGAUGACAAGAGCCCACUCUUCCCCGGGGUUGGACUCACGAGGACGUUGUAUCUUUCCCUCCUAUCUGGGAAGACCAUCGAGUCCAAUGGAUCACUCGACCAGAAGACACAGUCCUCUGCGGACGACAGAGGAUACAAGACCCCCCAGCCUGGCCUCUCUGACCAUCUCGGAGCAUGCUGAGCUCGAAACUGCUGUUGGCUCCGAUUCCACCGAUUCAGAACUACCGGCAACAUCCCCGCCAUCACCUCCAUCGAUUCACCACACUUAUCCCCGUUCCGGCCGUCGACAGCCGUCUCCUCUGAACACCACUUUUUCCAGCGCCAUAAGCAAUCCCACCAGCAGCCCGACUUCCUCACGUUCAUCCCCAGUCAUCUUGGCCACGAAAUUCAAUGAGCCUUAUCCCGGGGCUUCGCUCUCCUCUGCGUCUUCAAUGCCGUCGACUCCAACCAGCAUCCGCUCCCGUAGCCCGAGCAUCUCCUCUCUGGAGACUAUUCCAGACAUUCCCGAUGCCGAAGCAGCUGCUGUCGAAGCAGAUCAGAUUGCACAAUUAAAGCUGGCUGCAGACAACCAGGAGGCCGCAGCGGCAGCAUACGCUGAUAGUACUCGACGACGUUCAAAUGCCGACUGUCCUAGUCCUAGCAGUAUGCGGGGGUUUGGCGGCUAUGGGACGAGAGCCGACAAGCGGAAGCGGUGGAGUGUCUGUGGAGCAGAGCGGCGCCAAGAUUUCGAUUUGGAAACCAUCUGGGAGGAUUGA